CGCCCGCCCGACAGAGCCGGGUGCCGCCGCCACCGUCGCCGUCGCCGCGCUCUGCCCGCCUGCCGGCCUGCUCGCUCGCUCGCUUCCCCUCGCUGCGGGGGGGAAAGGUCAGCAGCGUCCUGGAACCACCGUGUCACUCCCCGACAGCCAUGAACUGCAGCGAGAGCCAGCGGCUGCGAACCCUUCUGAGCCGCCUGCUGCUCGAGCUGCACCAUCGGGGCAACGCCAGCAGCCUGGGCGCCGGCGCCGGCCCGAGCGUGGGCGCGGGGGUCGUGCCUGACCCCUUCGUGGGCCGCGAGGUGACCAGCACCAAGGGCGACGACGCCUAUCUCUACAUCCUGCUCAUCAUGAUCUUCUACGCCUGCCUGGCCGGGGGCCUCAUCCUGGCCUACACCCGCUCCCGCAAGCUGGUCGAGGCCAAGGACGAGCCGCCCCAGGCCCGCACCGAGCGCGAAUGGGCCCCGGGGGGCGCCCCGGCCGCCGCCGACGCCGAGACUGCCGCGGGCUCCCCGGCUGAAGGCCGCCGCCAGCUCGCCCCCGGGGGGCUGCCUGUCCUCGCCCGGGGCGCCGAGCGGGUCUAGCCCCGCAGCCCCUGCUUGCUCUCGCGUCCUCCUCUUCCCGCUUAGCCCCGGGCGCGGCUCCUGCCCUUUCCUCCCCUUCCAGGGUUCGCCUCACCCAAGGCUCAGACGAUGAGGAGAGGCCAGGAGACCUUGUCUGGAAGCCCCUGGAAGGAGAAGCACCACCCUCCCCACUCCUGGCCGCUUUCUCCCUCCUCACUCCCACCCCGCACAUCCAACUGCUCUAAACUGCCUCUGCUCUC